UAUGGGGAUGUUAUUUUGUGUCCUGCUCAUUCUGUUGGGUGGAGAUGUCAUCAUGGCCUGUUCACUGGAAAACUACACACUGUACGUGGACAGACACGAGUGUGGUCAUUGCAUGGCUAUCAACACAACCAUAUGCAGCGGAAUGUGCUUCACACAGGAUACCAACGUGCCAGGAUUUGUGGGCAAGCGUUUCCUGAUUCAAAAGGGAUGUAUGCACCGCUCUCUGGUCUAUCGUGCUGCUAGGAUGCCCGGCUGUCCUCUCCACAUUGACCCGGUCUUCUUUUAUCCGACUGCCAAGCGAUGCCGCUGCAUGAAAUGCAACACGGCCAAAAACGAGUGCGUGCACAAGCCCAAACGCAUGCCGAACAAAUGCUCCAAACACCUGCGUGCUGUUUGAAAUGAUUCAAUUCAGCAUUUUCCUUCUCUCAUCAGGAGUUUCUCUUCACACUGUGUAAAACAAAGAAGGUUAAGAAAAGAAAGGGUGAUCAGAAGCUAAUUGUUUCAUUAAAUGCUACAUAAAUUAUUUAUAAAUCGUAACAAUGACCCUAAAUUUAUUUUUAUAAAUGAGUGGCUCAGUGUUUCUGGUGAGAGAAAGUGGUCUGGUUCUUCUAUCUGUCUCUGUUCGUAAGUUUUUGAAACAGAAAAAUAAAAUCAUGUCUUAUAUCUGCUCUAUUACACAAAUGAAAUGUGUUUUUUGUUAACGAAAUUAGAACUAUUUCACUAUAUUAUGUCACUAACACAGUCUCACAGUCAAGAAUUGAUUUCCAUUCAUUAGAAUUCACCUUUACCAAAAAGAUUUCAAAAAGAUCUACUGUCAUAUCCUAUAAUAUACUGUAAACUUUUUGAAAAACAUUGAUGUCAAGCCUUUCAGAGAGUUUUCCAGAAAACAAACAUGUCAGAUUUUUAUCAGUUCUGCAGUUGGAGUACCUUUUAUGAGAACAGUCUGUGCUAUUUUACCCAAAGUUGUUAUUCGAAAGAAAAGUCUUAUUUUAGAGUCAAGAUCUCAGUUAAG